AUUUUUUUCCACCACUAUCAAGAAUGCGUUCGUUUACUAUUAGGUUUUGCUUGUGAAUUAUUUUACUUACAAAGAAAUUUAGUGCAAAUAUCAAAUAAGAACUAUUUGAAAUGGUGUACAUUCACUUUCCAACCAAUCUGACGGAGGAGGAGCAGAUGCUGCAAGCCAAGUAUCAGAAAUUAAAAAAAAAAAAGGUUUGCCAAAUAAAAAAGGCAUUGCAAGCGCACAAAGCACCCAAGCAAGAGCCCGAGAGUGCAUUAACAUUAAAGCGACCAACAGAUGCGCGCGAUGCACGAGAAGUGGCUCGAAAGCUCAUCAAGAGUGGCGCCAUUCCCGCCAUUCAAAAGCAACAAACGAAACAGGAUCAAACUUCAUUCAAGCGCCCAAAGGGUCAAGAAAGAGCCAAACGCUCCACAUCGGAGACAACCGUUGCCGCCUACCAACCCUUCUCGUCGACCCAAAACGAUGUGGCUCAAGAAACGAUAAUUAGCGAAAUAAUAAAAGAGGAACCGCGCCGUCAAAAUUUAUAUCAGCACUUUGCAACGGAACGGGAUCGAGAGGAACGCGGCUUGACGGAAAAGGCAACUUUGGACACAGCACAGCCUGAGAAACCACGUGCUGGCAAUACAAUCUUUGUGUCUGGCAACAAAGUCACGGAGGAAUUCCUCAAGAAAACUUUCAAUGACUACGGCACUAUUGUGAAUGUCUCCAUGGAAAUUGAGAAGAGUCGCGGUUUUGUUUCAUUUGCCAAGCCAGAAUCAGCGGAUCGAGCUAUUGCUGAGAUGCAUGGCAAGAGCGUUAAUGGCAUCGUUUUGCAAGUGCAACUGGCGCGUCGCCAACCACAAAUUGAACCCAUCAACGAUGCUUCCUCCUCUGCCGUGUGGUCCUCCAUUGCUGCUAGUAAAUCACAAAAGGGCAGCCACAAGGAUUUACGGCAAAUGGUUCAAUACGAUGAGGAUUUCUUUGCGUAAACACAUUAACACAUCUGUAGUUAGGCAUACUUAAACGAACACUUCAUCAUCAUUUCAACCAUAUUAUGCAUCAUUUCAACUAUUUUAUCAUCAUGAUUUCAUUCAUUGCAUCUACUUCAUUUUCCCAUGUUUUUUUUCCUCAAAUUGGUAAGUUUUUUUUUCUCAUAUCCUUUUAUAUUAAAAAUAGUGAAACGCACCGAACACGAUCGUAUUUAAAUAGAUCGUUGCUUUAUUGAAAAUACGCUUCUAUAAGUAUAUAUAAUGUACUUACAUAUGUUGACCAUCUCUUUUCGCUAAGUACUUGUGGUUCAAAUGAAUUAUGGCUAAUAAAACGAAAAUUAAACGAUUGCAUCAUCAAUUCGUGCAGAUUGAAAACAAUUGAUCUCCAAUAUAUAUAGUUUGUAUUGUACCUACUAUGCCAGGUCUUCUUAAUUAAACAACAAUUGACUUGCUUCAUUUCUUCAUUUGAU